AUGGCUCUUGUGGCAUCUCCCCCGCUCCCCUCGAUGGAUGCCAUCUUGAGCGACUCUCCAGAGGAUGAGAUUGCCCAAGUCAGAGCCGAAAUUGAAAAACUCACUCAACAGCGCAAACUCCUCACAUCCUCUCUCCUGGCAUCGACAAAAGCCCAGUCCCGUCUCUCCAAAUACUUGCUGGCUAUAAAUGAACCCUCAAACGACAACGGUCCGCUACAACUGGAAGGCCUACAACGACACUCCCAGACAAACGCCCACCGCCUUGCAUUUGGGGUGACCUCAUUCCCUUUCCAUGAUCCGUCGCCCGAACUGCGGUCCAGGAAUCCGCUGCUUGGAAUAAGGAUAGAUAUAUGCAACCGCAAAGGGAAAUUUGACAGUCCGUAUUAUAUAUUCUGCGUUCGGGCUAGAGGCACAGGAGAGGAAUUGCGGAUCCAUCGACAUACAAUUCCCGCGCUGGUGCCACUGGAGCAGUAUGAGAAGCAGUAUCUGCCUCUUUCGUCCCCAGAGGAUGAAGGAUAUGGUGGUUCAGACGACUCGCGACUUGGUAUUGACGAAGGAGGAACGGCAAGGAAACAGGAUCUCUACAGCCUCGUUGCUAAGGUCAGAUAUGAUCUUGUGAGCUGGAGAUUAAGGCGAGACAUAACGGAAUGGCUGCGAGAAGAAUUGCAGAUUCUAGGGUCCGGCAAUGACACCGGGAAUAGCAUUGCCGAUGAGGAUCUGCACAAUAUCGAGAACGAUCCUGUCGGUGAAUGCGAAGGUCAUGACUUGGAACGCGGGUCGGAGGAUGACAGUGACGAGGAGGACGGGGAGGAUGAAAUAACCGGAAAAUUCAAUGUACAAUCUCUCACCGCCCUGGAGGUCGACGCGCGCCAACUCCGCAUUGUCUGGUCCGAUGACCAUGUCGGUCGGAUCAAAAUAUCCGAUGAUGGGAAGGUAGAGAAGGCGAUUGUAAUCGGGCUCGAUGGCAAUAGAGUCAAGAAUGUGGAGAGGAUUCUGAUGGGCGACGGUGAGGGGAAUGUUAACCUCUAUGAUUUGGUUGGAAGGUUGGAGGAGGUUUACAAGAGAUCCUUGGGAACGAACAAAAUUGCAAACAAAACGACAGAGGGGGGAAUGUAG